UUGAACUCCACAGACAAAUAUAGUUAUUUCCCCUCACCUUCCCUUUAUAUUCACCAAAAACUUCCCUUUAUGCUCAAAAUUGCUUUUUAACUGCAGCUGUUUAGAGAUGAUUUCUUCAUGUUUACAAUUUUUUUUCUAAAAUGAGUCAUCUGGGUGGUGCUGUUAUUUUGAGCAGAAUUCACGCCCCCCCAAGGGAGAGAUGAUGAAUUGCGUGUAUCUCAAUUAAAUCUGGAACAAAAAUAUUUUGCAAAUGUUGAAUUUAUCCGGAGCAGGGAGGGAGGGACCCAAACAAAAUUAUUUUAGCUGGGCCUUAUUUUCAGCCAGAACUUCUGCCACCUCUCAGGUGGGCGCUGUUGCCAUUUAUGAGAGAGCAAGGGAGGCGUUCGUGGUGAGUUUUGGCACCUCUUUUUCUAGAAAAGGAAAGUGCCUUCUUCAAUUUGGAUGAGAAAGGCCAAAUGCAGCUGAAUCAUUCUUGAUGUGUGUGUUUAGAGAUGAAUGGAUUGGGGGUGGGAGAACAGGAAGAUGGAAGGUCAGACAAAUACAAAUGGGUAAAGUGGAUAGGUAAACGGCUUUUCCGUGUGCCGCUCUGGUUCGCCAGAAGCGGCUUUGUCAUGCUAGCCACAUGACUUAGAAGCUGUACGCCGGCUCCCUCGGCCAAUAACGUGAGAUGAGCGCCGCAACCCCAGAGUCGGUCAUGACUGGACCUAAUGGUCAGGGGCCCCUUUACCUUUACCUAAAGUGGAUAUAUACCUAAAUAUGUAGCAGGGAGAAGCCGUUGUGGUCCGGCCAUCCCAUCUGUGUUGCUGCACUAAUGCUAAUGCUAAUGCUAAUAAUAAUAAAUUUAUUAUUUAUACCCCACACAUCUGGCUGGGUUUUCUCAGCCGCUCUGGGCAGCUCCCAACAGUAUUAAAAGCACAAUAAAAUAUUAGACAUCUCAGCCAGUAUGACCAAUAGCCAGGGAUGAUGGAAGCAGAGUCCAUCAAUAUCUGGACGGUACCACAAUGGCUACCUCUGGUGUGUGAUCAUCCCACUACCAAAACCAAGGAAAAGUUCAGAACAGGUUUUCCACACAGAGGAAAAGGGUUUAACAACCUAUAUUCCACCGCAGGUUAACUCCGAUAGUGUUUUUAACUCCACUGGAGUUGCACUCCACAAUUGAGAGAGUGCAAAGCCACAUGUUUUGAAUCUAGGGUCACAAGGGUUCUGUUCCCCCCCCCCAGAGCCUCUUCCUUCAUACUUCAGACAGGCUGCCUGCUUCUCUCUCUCCCCCUCCUCUUCUUUUACAUUUGUAAAGCUUUGGCGAUCACUUGUUGCCGAGUAAGAUUAUCUUCUAUGAACACAGUUUUAACAAUGGUCUGUAGGUGACUGUGGAGGCCAAUUCUGGAUCCACACAUCUUUCCACAGUGGGGACAUAGGUUUCCAGAUGGGAAAUGAUCAUGGUGAGGGCCUUCCUCUUAGCACGUUUCUCCCUUGCGUCCUGAGUUAGAGUGUCUUCAAAGCCCAUGACACCAUGGAUAAAAGGUACAUAUCUGUAAAGUGUAUAUUGCAUUGCAUAAAUUCCAUUCGGAACAUAGCAAGCUGCUUUACACUGAGUCAGACCCUUGGGUCCAGUCAGCUCAGCAUUGCCUACACUGGCUGGCAGCAGCUCUCUAGAAAGGAGUACCUCAGCGCUCCUCGGAGGUGCUGGUGGCGUGCCGAUUUAUACAUAUAGAUGCAAAUUUAGGAAAAAAUAAAAGAGAAAUCUACCAGUCCAUGUCAGAAAGUGAGGAGGAAUUAAAGAACCUUUUAAUGAGGGUGAAAGAGGAGAGCGCAAAAUAUGGUCUGAAGCUCAAGAUCAUGGCCACUGGUCCCAUCACCUCCUGGCAAAUAGAAGGGGAAGAAAUGGAGGCAGUGAGAGAUUUUACUUUCUUGGGCUCCUUGAUCACUGCAGAUGGUGACAGCAGUCACGAAAUUAAAAGAUGCCUGCUUCUUGGGAGAAAAGCAAUGACAAACCUAAACAGCAUCUUAAAAAGCAGAGACAUUACUUUCCCGACAAAGGUCCGUAUAGUUAAAGCUAUGGUUUUCCCAGUAGUGAUGUAUGGAAGUGAGAGCUGGACCAUAAAGAAGGCUGAUCGUCGAAGAAUUGAUGCUUUUGAAUUAUGGUGCUGGAGGAGACUCUUGAGAGUCCCAUGGACUGCAAGAAGAUCAAACCUAUCAAUUCUUAAGGAAAUCAGCCCUGAGUGCUCCCUGGAAGGAAAUAUCGUGAAGCUGAGGCUCCAAUACUUUGGCCACCUCAUGAGAAGAGAAGAAUCCUUGGAAAAGACCUUGAUGUUGGGAAAGAUGGAGGGCACUAGGAGAAGGGGACGACAGAGGACGAGAUGGUUGGACAGUGUUCUCGAAGCUAGGAACAUGAGUUUGACCAAACUGUGGGAGGCAGUGGAAGACGGGAGUGCCUGGCGUGCUAUGGUCCAUGGGGUCACGAAGAGUCGGACACGACUAAACGACUAAACAACAACAACAACAACAACAACAACAACAACAACAACAACAACCAGUCCAUCAUAGUUGAGAAGGCUGACCAGGUGACCUGCGUGACUGCUCAGUGUGCUAUCAAGAUGCUAGUGCAGGAAUAAAAUAACAUGCCCACAUAUAAAUAUAAGUAUACAGUUGAUAGGUCAUUUUAGGAUUGAUCAAGGGGGAAUCUAGAAGGUUCAAGAUUAUGGGGGCAUGGAAUCAGGAGUCCAACAGCAUCUCGUAGCUAAAAGCAGACAGGAACUUACAGCAGAAGCAACACAAGGCACACCAAGCAUGCUUGGGCAAUAGGUUUAAAGAGAAAGCUGAUGAAUGCAAGGGUUCGGGUCAGGGCAGCAUGUGACAAAUGUCUAAAUGAGGAACCAAAUUUGCUGAUCGAGCUGGAACAGCAAGAUGAGGAACUAGGUGAGAGAUUAUCGCCAAGGAGCAGACAAAAAUCUGGAGAGCCGUUCAAAUAGAGGCACCCCAAAUUGGAUGGAGAUAGAGAAAAGUGAUGAAAAAUGCUAUGGUCCAAUAGAUACAAGCAGCAGAGAGGUGGGUGAAAUUUGGAAUAGAGGGACUACCAUAAGUAACGAAGAGCAGGAAAGAAGCAAGGCACGUGAGAAAUCUUGACUUUAUUAGCAAAGUGCCCAGCCAGAGCUGCUUACUCGAAACUUUGGACGGACAAUAAGCAGCAAAGCUUCUCCGCCAUUCUGAAAGCAAAUCAGCAACCGUGGCAUCUGCGGAUCUCAUGGAGUAUGAGGACAACUUCACGGAAUACUUUGGGAAUUACGAAGAGGAUGAGCCCCCCGUGUCCCACCUCACUCAUGCACAGGUGGCCUCGCUUGUGUUCCACGGCGUGGCUUUUCUCCUGGGAGUGCCUGGCAACGCAAUAGUCAUCUGGAUAAUGGGCUUCAAAUGGGACAAGACCGUCACUUCCCUCUGGUUCCUCAACCUGGCUAUUGCGGACUUCAUCUUCGUCCUUUUCCUCCCUCUCUACAUUACCUACGUGGCCACGGGCUUCCAUUGGCCCUUUGGGAAGUGGCUGUGCAAAGCAAACUCCUUCAUUGCCCUGUUCAACAUGUUUGCCAGCGUCUUCUUCCUGACGGCUAUCAGCCUGGACCGCUACGUCCAUCUGAUCCACCCUGUCUUCUCCUACAGGCACCGGACUCUCAAGAACACCUUCUUUAUGAUUGCUUUCAUCUGGAUUUUGGCCACACUCAUUGGAAGCCCGGCACUGUACUUUAGAGAUACCCUUACACUACACAACAACGUCACCAUUUGCUACAACAACUUCCACCCCACGGACGUUGAUCUGAUUAUCCUCAGGCACCAUGUCCUGACCUGGGUAAGGUUCAUUUGCGGCUACCUCUUUCCUCUGCUAACCAUGAUGGUUUGCUACUCUCUUCUGAUAUGCCAGGUGAAGAAAAGUGCCACCCUGACCUCCAGCAGGCUCUUCUGGACUGUUCUGGCUGUGGUGGUGGUUUUUUUCGUUUGCUGGACCCCGUACCAAAUAUUCAGCAUCCUUGAGCUCUCUGCUCACCACGAUAACUACUGGCACGACUUGCUCCGCGAUGCCAUUCCUCUUUCCGUCAGCUUUGCUUUCAUCAACAGCUGCCUUAACCCCAUCCUUUACGUCCUCCUCAGCAAGAAGCUCCAGUCCUGUUUCAGUGUGACGUUUUCAGAACUGGUGAAACACACCCUCUGGGAGGUCAGCCGGUCUGGGACAGUCAGUGAACAAGUCUGGAAUUCUUUGAGUCUACAGCAGGCCGAAGCGUCUGAGCUUGAGACUUCUCUGGGUGACAUCUCUCCCUGAUGGGCACUCACUCUGCAACGUGCCCACCUUAAUAAGAUCUAUACAUCAGAGGUGUUUGUAACCCAACAGUCACUACACAAGGGUAGCCAAGGUGAUGCUCCCCAGGUGGAACUCCUUUUGUUUUGACCCCAUUCAGCUGCCAUGAGCUGCAUAUUUUUUCUAGUAAAAGGACACAUGUUUAGCAAAGCCAGGGUAGGUAGCCACUGUGAUGUCAUCCGCAUGUUGCGUACGGCCAUCUCAUCAUCCUUAACCAUUGGCCAUGAUGGCGGUGAUAGAAGUUGGAAGUCUGAAUGAGGUCAGAACAACAGAAGUUCAUAAGCAACUUCAAUUGUUCGUAGGGUUGCCAAACUUUUAGGCCUCCAAAACUCACAUGCUCGUGAGGAGCCAUCAUUAAAAUAUUGCGAUCUUUAUCCCCGUGCCAUUUAAAGCUUUAUCUGCCAAUUUCUGCACACCAAGCUACUGUUAAAAGACACAAUAGAAGGCUUGAUAAUCUCUCCCACCCCCCCACCCCAAAUUCAAGCUGCUGAUGGAGGGAAUAUGUUUGUGCAGGGAUUUAGGCUCAUGGAAGAUAUUGUGUGUCACAGAGUGUUCUUAUUUUAUAGUUCUUCAGUAUCAAAACACUGCCCUUCAAGGACUCUAAACAAAGACAUAGAUUCUCCCUUGAAGUAACUGCAUAGGGGGAAAUGUCGCACAAAACAACAUGCAAAUGCACUUUUUAAUGUGCUUUUAAAAACAUAGUACCUUUGCGAUCUUUUAAAAUAGUCAAGUAUACUUUAUUGUUGUUGGCACAGAGCCUUGCUGAACAAAACUGACAAUUUCUCUUCCCCUUUGCUUAUGGUUUUUGGCUUAGUUUCUGCUGAAGAUGUCUAAGAUUAUAUAUAGCUAGCAAGCUUUAUCAACAUUUUCAGUUAACCUGGCUCCUUAAUCCUAUAGGUUGUAUUCAACAAUAGUCACCCCCUCAGGGUCAACACAUUGGAAUUAAGAGGCAGAACUAAUUAAACCCACUAAUUUCAGUAGGUCUACUCUGAGUAGGACCAACAUGCGCACAACUCUGUGUACCCCUGGUGCGUGCAGGCAUUCUCAGUUACAGAAUUUGGCAGAGCGGGACAUUUGCACACAUGUGAGAUUUCUGGUCCGCUGAAACGAUUUGCACAGAGACACAUUGAUCUGGGUAUUUUGCACUUAAGUUUUGCUCUACAAAAGAAGCAAAGCAAUACAUUCACGAAGAAUGGCUUUCAGAGAUCAAGCCGCUUUACCAGUGCAUAUUUCAGUUAAUCUCAGUCAGAUAUUGGCCUAGCUGCAUAAUAUUUAGCGGUAGCACCACUGCAUUCCUUUCCAACUGUAGCAUGCUGCCUGUUCUGACCUUAAAUAUGGCGGUUUCUUCAGCACUGCCACCCCAGGCAAUUGAUCCCUUCUUGCCUUUGCUUUAUUAUUGUGCAAGUCUUUUGUUAGCGCACCUUUUUCUCAGGUUUUUGUUUUUCCUUUUGCUUCAUGUGCCCCAUCCCAUCUUCCUCUGGGCUCCCUGUCCCUUGCCUUGUCUCCGGAAACGUCUUCCCAGUCUUUCACAUCACCAGAAAGCUUCCCUCGCAAUGUUUCCUUCUACGAAACCCCUCUAGCGUACCAUUUCACCUCGAAAUCCCAACUUUCCCUCCUCUCACAAACUCUGGACGGAAAACAUGCCGACAACUUUCUCCCCUGAGCAGGAAGGGAUGUUUGUGGAUAUCAUAGCAUAGCAGCUCGGAAAGUGCGAGGGGAAUCUUCACUGCAGCAGCGAUCCAUGAAAGGACAGAAUGUAUAUUUCCAAUGGGACUUGUCUGUAAAAGCAUGUUUGGAUCCCGUUUGUAGGAAACAAUUUACAUGUAAUUGACUGUGCAUUAUAUUUCUUUGAGACGUAUGGUAGAAAUUAUUUACGUUAAUGUACCCUGCAAAUGUGUUGCGGCCACAUUUUAAAAUUAUAAUAUUGCCAAAGCAAGGAAACAGCAUUUGAAAUAAAUAUUUAAGAUUCAUUUUGUUUUCUUUGGUUUUGACUCAUAAUGCCAUUACAAAUGUGGUGAGCUGGGAAGAUUUGCCAGCUGUGUGUGUUUUGGGAAGAAGGGGGAGAAGACUACCGUAGCUUUUCUGAACCUCUCUGGAUAGGAAAUAAUGGUGUCUGUGUGUGAAAGGAGGGUCUCCACCCCCAUCGUUCUGCCCGGACACCGAGGUCCAGCGCCGAGGGCCUUCUGGCGGUUCCCUCGCUGCGAGAAGCCAAGUUACAGGGAACCAGGCAGAGGGCCUUCUCGGUAG